UGCAUUAACCAUCUUUUCAUCUCCAUGGAGGUUCACCCGCCGUCCCCUGCUCCGUCGUCCUGGAGCAACUUAUUAAAGCAGCAACCGCAAAGCCAAAAGACCGGCCCAAACGCCGCCGCCUCCGCCGCCGAAACCGGUGUCUUUCAAACCGAGGAAUUGAUAGGGAGCUGCAAGUCAUCGAAGGGCAUAGCAGUGGCGAUAGUAGAUGCUAACGCCAUAAUCAAUGGCGGCGAGAAGCUCUUUCAUUCUGCUGAUCGAUUCGUCUCGAUACCGGAGGUCAUCAAUGAAAUUCGUGAUCCAUCUUCCCGUCACGCCCUCAACUUCCUGCCCUUUGCUGUUGAGACUCUCGAGCCUACCCCUGAGGCUCUCAACAAAGUGAUCAGCUUUGCAAAAGCUACUGGUGACUUGCAAACACUUUCUGAUGUGGAUCUGAAGCUUAUAGCUUUGACUUAUAUGUUCGAGGUCCAGAUUCAUGAGGCUCAACAUAUCAGAGACAGCCCACCUCCAAUCCAAACUAUUAAUGUCAAAAGGCUGCCUGAAAAAGACUUACCUGGCUGGGGUUCUAAUGUCCCUAAUCCUGAGGAGUGGGAAGCACUGGAACAAGCUGUUGAAAGUGACCCGCAACAUUCAAGAAUUUUACCCCUCAAGGACUUGGGCUUGGGUUCGAUUUCAUCAGACCAGCAAAGUAUAGACAAUACUUCUAAUCAAGAUGAAAGUGAGUCGGUCAUUCCAAAUCAAGACGGUGGUGAUCCUGGUUUUAGUAAGCCCAAGAAAUACAUGCCAAAGAAGAGAGAGGUUAAAAUUGAGGGGAAAAAGAUGGUAGCUAGUGGUGUGGAUGCAUCGCAGGGUGCAUCUGAUGAUAAUGCUGAUGAUUGGCGUCCUGCUGUUAGUCGAAGUACACAUAGGAGGUUUUUGAGAAGAAAAGCUAGACGUGAAAUGAAUGCCACACCAUCUGAAUUAAGUGAUCAGGUUGGUGAAUCUAAUAAUGUGGAAAAGGGAAACCUUGAUGAUGAUCAAUGUCCGGAACUGUUGGUCGAUCAAGGUUAUGAUGAAACAGAAAUUGGUAAAAUGGAGGGUGGAUAUUCUGAUGAGAAGAACCAAGACAAAGAUAUUGCUGCAAGUUUAAAUAAGAUACAACUGGAAGAAGUAUCCGCCACACCAUUCCAGCAUAUUGAUGAGCUCCAGGUUCCUUCUGGUGUGAAUGAGCCCAAUGGUGAUGAGUUGGCAGAUUCUGUUCACAAUGUUUCGUAUACAGAAGAUAUUGGCAUUACUGAAGAAGACCUAGGAAACCUGGAGAUACCGGACCAGGCGGUCAAAUGCAAUGAUUCUUUACAUACGGAUGAUGCCAGUAGCGAGCAGAGCUGGACACUUAGAUCGAUGUCCGAAUCUAGUGUGGCCUGCAUUACCAGUGACUUUGCAAUGCAAAAUGUGCUACUUCAGAUGGGAUUACGCCUUCUGGCUCCUGGAGGAAUGCAGAUUCGUGAGCUUCACAGGUGGGUGUUGAAGUGCCAUGCUUGCUUUAAGGUUACUACAGAGACUGGUAGAAUAUUUUGUCCCAAAUGUGGUAAUGGAGGCACUCUACGUAAGGUUGCUGUCACUGUUAAUGAGAAUGGUAUUGUGUUGGCUGGGCGGCGACCUCGCGUUUCUUUGCGUGGAACCAAGUUCUCAUUGCCGAUGCCCCAAGGGGGUAGGGAUGCAGUUUCGAAGAACCCCAUUUUGCGCGAAGACCAGCUUCCUCAGAAAUAUUUGUACCCAAAGACCAAGAAGAAAAACAAGCAGGACGACGAAUUUUUUAUUCCAGACGACAUUUUCCGUUACCAUGGUGAUAAGAAAGCUCCUCUCCAGCCUCCAAUCAGGAAAACCGUUGCUGUCUUCAGCGGGAAAAGAAAUCCCAAUGAUAACCAUUAUGCUCGGACUAACAAGGCCUGAUCCAGGAACAAAUUUUUUGAUGUUUGGAGAUUGCGAUUUUGUGAGUUUUGCUUUGUUAUUGUACCUACGACGGAUGAGGCUUAAACGAAUACAGCCAAAAGAAUAGAGCAGGACAUAAAUCUCAGAGUAAUUUCAUGGUCUCUUUAUGGUUUUAGAGAUGUUCUUUCUCUUGCAUAGUUUAAUGAAAUUUUACUUGUGAGGUUUUAUUUGUUGCCAUGUUUGUUGAGUUCGAUUCUAUUUGCCAGAGAAUCCAAUUUGUAGUUACUUUGGACACA